UAGCACGUUGGUUUUGGUUUCGGUUUGGUUUCCGACAUUGUUUGUCUAUUUUGAUUUUGUGUUGGUGAAUUCUGAAUUCUAAUCGGUUUGGUUUGUCUGGCAUGGCAAUGCAAUCCGGCAAUUGGCAAACAUAACUUAUUCACGGUAGCGGUAGUAAAAGCAACAAUAGAAAUGCAGCAGUUUUGAUUUCCAUUUACAAGUCCAAGUGUUGACUAUAUUUCUUUGACAUUUGCGUUACUUUGUCACUCCCAGCAGUCACUCCAUUAUCGUGUUAUGGAGGUGAGAUCAAAGAAAUCUAUCGCAUUUUACCCACUAUGUAAAAACUAAGAUGUAGCUUAAACUUUUCUCAGUCCUCUGCAAAUAGAUGGAUGUUAUUUAUUUCGAGAAACUCAUAAAUCACUAAAGCGGAAACUAUUCUCAUAUUAUCAAAAUGCUUCUUUGCGGUAUGUGCUUAAAAGGAAGAAAUGUCUGUCAUUAAAGUAUCAUAGAAUUUACGGAUGUAAGAAGUAGACACAUAUAACCAAAAUGAUGACUGCAAUGGCCACUGGGGGUUCUGGUGACCCUCAUACACAGAUGAACACAUACAGGAGUUAUGUGACUAUGUUGGCUGAUCUCGGCGCUAAAGACGAAAUAAAACUUAAAGCUGCCCAGGAACUAAGUGAAAAUUUUGAGGUAAUUUUAAACUCACCACAAUAUCCACAAUUCCUAGAUCACUCCCUAAAAAUCUUCCUGAAAAUAUUACAAGAUGGGGAGCCACAUUUUAUAGCUGAAUAUAAUAUUCAGCAAGUAAGGAAAUUAAUACUUGAAAUGAUACAUCGCUUACCAAUGAAUGAAACUCUGAGGCCAUACCUCAAGAGCAUUUUAAUUUUGAUGUUGAAACUGAUGGAAAUUGAAAAUGAAGAGAAUGUUUUGGUUUGUUUGAAGAUAUUUAUGGAAUUGCAUAAACAUUACAGACCUCAAUACAGUACUGAUGUUGAUAUACAUAAAUUUUUACAAUGGGUAAAAUGUAUAUAUUCCGAUUUACCAAAUCAUUUACCUAAAAUAUUUGAACCAAAGCCUGCAAUCCGAGUUAAAGAUCUGUCUGAAAUUAGUAUUGAUCAACUUUUGCAAGAAACAUACACCACAACACCUAUACACACAGAAAAAAAAUUAAUGGAUGGCAGUGUUGUUACGUACAAUCUCAUACCUCGAUCUGUUUUAUCAUUAAAAGUGAUACAAGAGCUGCCUAUCAUAGUGGUCCUUAUGUAUCAACUAUAUAAACAGAAUGUACAUCAAGAAGUUAGCAACUUUAUACCACUGAUUAUGGAAACUAUUACGUUGCAACCAGCUGCUAAUCAUAGGCAAUCAGCGGCUUUCAAUAAAGAAGUAUUUGUGGAUUUUAUGGGCGCCCAGAUAAAAACAUUAGCGUUUUUGGCAUAUAUCAUAAGAAUAUAUCAAGAGACAAUUGCAAAUCAUGCUACUUUAAUGGUUAAAGGAAUUAUUGGCUUGUUAACUUUAUGUCCUCCAGAAGUAGCUCAUUUAAGGAAGGAACUAGUGAUAGCUACAAGACAUGUUUUGGCUACAGACCUAAGAUUGAAAUUUGUUCCAUACAUGGAGCGUUUGUUUGAUGAGGAUGUUCUCUUGGGUCGAGGAUGGACAGUGCAUGAAUCCCUGAGACCACUGGCCUACUCCACACUGGCAGACUUGGUACACCAUGUGAGGCAACACUUGCCCUUGACAGACUUGGCUCUUGCCGCUCACCUGUUUGCUAAGAAUGUUCAUGAUGAAUCACUACCUACAAGUAUUCAGACGAUGUCUUGCAAGUUGCUGUUAAACAUGGUGGACUGUGUGCGGCAGAGGUCAGAGGCUGAGGGUACAGGAACGCAGCCCCAGGGCCGCCAGCUUCUCAUGCGCAUUCUCGAAGUCUUCGUACUUAAAUUCAAGACUAUCUCCAAGUUGCAGCUACCUGCACUCAUGGCUAAAUGCAAACAAACAACAGUAACGGCGAAUGGUACAACACCAAGCACGCCGACUACUCCCGCGCCGGCUGCUUCUACAUCAACGACUGUCGCGACCUCUGAAGUGAAGUUAGACGAAGAAAAACCUUCGCCGGAUUACUUCGAUAGUAUUAAUAAGCCCGAAGAGAAAUCUAAAAUAGGAUUUCCGAACUCUUAUUUGAAUAACCUCAACGUCGGAGACUACAGAACGCUGGUUAAGACACUAGUGUGUGGCGCCAAAACUAUAACAUGGGGAUGUGCUUCCUGCAAACAGGCGACUGCAGGCGGCGAGGGUACGAGCACCAGCUCGCUGGGCGCGGCCGCUCCCACGGGCACGGGGCAGAAGCAGUUCAGUUCGCGAGAGACGCUGGUGUUCAUCCGGCUGGUGCGGUGGGGGCUGCAGUCGCUGGACAUCUACACGCUGGCGGCGCCGCGCGCGCCCGCCAUGCCGCCCGCACAGCCACAUGUGCGCUCCAAGGAGGAGAAGGAGGUGCUCGAGCACUUCAGUGGAGUUUUUUCUAUGAUGAAUCCACAAACUUUCCAAGAAAUCUUCACGGCGACUAUAUCUCACAUGGUCGAGAGAAUAAAUAAGAACAUGACAUUACAAAUAAUAGCAAACACUUUCCUGUCGAACCCUGCGACGUCUCCUAUUUUUGCUACAGUCCUAGUCGAAUACUUAUUAAAGAGAAUGGAAGAAAUGGGUACGAAUGUUGAGCGCUCAAACUUGUACCUGAGGCUGUUCAAGCUGGUGUUCGGUUCGGUCAGUUUGUUUCCCACAGAGAACGAACAGAUGCUUCGGCCGCACUUACAUAGCAUAGUGAACAAGGCGAUGGAUUAUGCAAUGACAGCCAAGGAGCCGUACAACUACUUCUUGUUAUUGCGAGCACUUUUCCGGUCUAUAGGAGGCGGGAGCCACGACUUACUUUACCAAGAAUUUUUACCGUUGCUGCCCAACCUAUUGGAAGGGCUCAACCGAUUACAAAGUGGCCUUCACAAGCAGCACAUGAAGGAUCUGUUUGUGGAGUUGUGUUUGACUGUACCUGUCAGAUUAAGCAGUCUAUUGCCUUAUUUGCCAAUGCUCAUGGAUCCCCUGGUGUCGGCACUCAACGGCUCCCAUACGCUGAUAUCUCAGGGUUUACGCACCCUCGAGCUCUGUGUCGACAACUUGCAGCCGGACUUCUUGUACGAACACAUUCAACCCGUAAGAGCAGAUCUUAUGCAAGCUCUGUGGAGGACCUUACAGAAUAAUGAAGUUGCGAGGAUUGCCUUCAGAGUUCUCGGUAAAUUCGGUGGUGGCAACAGAAAAAUGAUGAUCGAACCGCAGAGGCUGGAGUACCGGGAGACCGACGCCCCUCCGCCAGCGGUCCUUGCCUAUUUCCAGGAACAACCUAAACCUAUAGAUUUUGAAGUUGAUAAAAUAAUAGAGACUGCCUUUACCGCGCUCAAGUCUAGUACCACCGAACCUUACUACCGGCGACAAUGCUGGGAAGUUCUUCGUUGUUACUUGGCGGCCACUCUGAACUUGGAAGACGACAGAGCUACCCUAUACAAGCUAUUGAAUCAUCCCAGUUUCGUGGAUGGUAAAAUACCGCCACAGAAUGGUCCUUACUACAAAUGUAGCAAUGCAGUCGUGAGAAACACACAUCGAACAGCUCUUACUGGAAUGUUUGUGGCGGCGGCUAUAAAAGAGUUACGACAACACGUGCUGUCGACAAUGGUGUCACUCGUGCGUCAUUACACUCUUGUUGCGAUCGCUCAGGAAGCUGGUCCUUUUGCUGGGACCGGAGGACCGAAAGAAGGGCUCGAUGCGUUAGUUUUGAUAGACGCUAUCGCUGUCGUUAUGGGACACGAAGAAAAAGAACUAUGUAAGCCGGGACAUUUAGCUUUGGUUCUUAUAAUCGAGACGGCGGCCACAGUGCUCGGAAGCAAGGAGCGGGCCUGUCGUCUGCCGCUUAUGGAAUACUUGGCAGAAAGAAUGUCGUCCCUGUGUUACGAGCGCGCGUGGUACGCAAAGCUGGGCGGGUGUAUCGCCGUCAAGUUCAUGCUUGAGAAGAUGGCUCCGGAAUGGGUUUACAAGCAUGUGUUCACAUUUUUAAAAGCUGUGCUGUUCGUUAUGAUGGAUUUAACUGGAGAAGUGUCGUCCGGAGCUAUAGAUAUGGCGACUAUAAACUUGGAGCGGCUCGUGCGGGUGUGCGUGACCGGCCCCAGUGGACAGACGGAGCUCGAGCCUGAAGUGGCGGCCGCCAAGACCCGCGCUCUGCACGACGUUCUGCAGGAGUUAGUGCUACAAAUUACAAGUCCACAUUUGUUAGUUCGCCAACAGUCUAUGAAAUCAUUAGAACUUACAGCUCAAUUGCAAAAUAAAACAGUGACGGAAGUUAUGGAUCCUCAUAGGGAAGCAAUAGCUGAUAUAAUUCCACCAAAGAAACAUUUAUUAAGACAUCAGCCUGCAAACGCACAGAUGGGUCUAAUGGACGGAACCACAUUCUGCACAACAUUGAAUCCCAGAUUGUUCACAAUAGACCUGAAUAUAAACGAGCAUAAGGUGUUUUUCCGCGAACUAAUAUCAUUGUGCGAUGGUGAGGACGCAAUGUUAGGCAAACUGCCAUGCUACAAGGGUGUGAACCUCGUGCCUCUCAGGAUAUCGGCCUUGCGGGCGCUCGCUUCCUGCCACUAUAUACAGGAGAAGCCGUGCCGAGAAAAGAUAUUUCAAGUGUUAUACAAAUCGCUUGAAAAGAACGAUCCGGAAUUGCAGCAGGCUGGAUUUGAAUGUAUGCAAAAGUUCCUAUCGGGCUUCCAAAUCGACAUGGAGAUGGUGCAUCCCGUUAUGAGACCGUUGCUACUGACGCUGGGAGAUCAUCGCAACUUAAGUGUCAAUGGAGCUAAAAGACUCUCCUAUCUCACGCAACUGUUCCCCUCCACCUUUAGUGAGAAACUCUGCGAGCAACUAUUGCAAUUGCUUAAGAAAUUAUUGGAUUAUUCUAUCCAGACAAAUAGAGGUGGCAACUUCUUACAAAGUGUGUCAAAGAACAUGGAUAAUGAGCAGAAGAUUAUAAUCCUGGUUGGCAUAUUCCAUCAAAUCCCAGCCGCCUCGCCGCGGUUCAUAGACGUUCUGUGCCGUCUCAUACUACAUACGGAGAAGUCAUUGUCAGUUGAAGCCGGCUCUCCUUUCAGAGAACCUUUGGUUAAAUUUCUUCUUAGGUAUCCAAAAGAAACACUAGACCUAAUGAUGAAUGACAUUAACAUAAAAGAUCAGCAAUGGAGUAGAUUUAUAAUAUAUCUGAUCAAACACCCGGAGGCGGGUCCGGCGUUCCGGGAAGCUCUGCAGACGUCGAAGAAGCCACGGUUGCAGCAGCUGUUGGCGGUCAACAACAGCGCCGCAACCGCAGCCUUACCGCAGACAGACCGCAACGAAAUGCAGUUCCAAGCUAUAAGGAUCAUAUCUCUUCUUAUCAAAUAUGAUGAUCAAUGGUUGUCAGGACAACACGAGCUUAUGGAAUUACUUAAACGCAUCUGGUGCAGUGACAGCUACCAUGAAAUGCACAAGAAAGUCGAAAAUGUGGAUUGUACACAUUGGAAAGAACCAAAAUUGAUAGUUAAGAUUUUGCUACACUAUUUUUGCCAUCACCCGUCUAACAUUGAUCUGCUGUUCCAACUGCUGCGAGCAUUGUGUGACCGGUUUAUACCAGACUUCCAGUUUCUUCGUGAUUUCCUCGAACAUACAGUGGCACAGAAUUACACAGUAGAAUGGAAGCGGUCUGCCUUCUUCCGCUUUGUGGAGCAUUUCUCCGGCGACGCCAUGUCGCAGGAUCUGAAGGCCAAAGUUCUUCAAAUGAUAUUAAUACCUUGCUUCGCCGUUAGUUUUGAGAAGGGACAGAAAAUUGUCGGCGGUCCACCCGCGCCAUAUCAGGACAAUCCGGAUAACGUCGUAUCUGUUUUCAUCAACAAUGUGAUCGAUCCGGAGAAUCCGUUCGCGUGUUCGGACGGUGUGCGCAUAUCGCUGCUGCAGUUUGCGUGUCUGCUGCUGGAGCAGGCGUCGGCGCACAUACACGACGCCAACAAUAAGAAGCAGGGCAACAAGCUGCGACGCCUCAUGACCUUCGCCUGGCCCUGUCUCCUCGGCAAGAACUAUGUAGAUCCUGCCACAAGGUAUCACGGUCACUUAUUGCUGAGUCAUAUCAUCGCUAAAUUUGCGAUCCACAAGCGGAUUGUCUUGCAAGUGUUCCACAGUUUGCUGAAGGCACAUGCGCUGGAGGCGCGCGUGGUGGUGCGCCAGGCGCUGGAGAUCCUCACGCCCGCGAUGCCGCAGCGCAUGGAGGACGGCAACACUAUGCUCACCCACUGGACCAAGAAGAUCAUCGUCGAAGACGGACACUCCACGCAACAACUCUACCAUAUACUGCAACUCGUUGUUAGGCACUACAAGGUGUACUACCCGGUGCGGCAUGCGUUGGUGGCUCACAUGGUGUCAGCGAUGCAACGGUUGGGUUUUUCGACGACGGCCACGGCCGAGCAGCGCCGGCUGGCCGUCGACCUCGCCGAGGUUGCGCUCAAGUGGGAACUGCAGCGCAUCCGUGAUCACGCACACGACGACACGCUCGUUGUGGCGACAUCUCCAAGCGGUGCUGUAAAACGUAUGUCAGUGGAUGAGAGCGGCGGGGAAGCGCGUAAGGCACUCAACACAGGCUGGGCCAGCCCACAGGCCAGCACCUCGCGCCUCGAACCUGACGCCGCCAAACCGCUCGACCGCGCACAAGUUGACAUUGUUGUCAAUUUGCUCUUGCGACUAGCCUGUCAAGUGAACGAAGGUCCAGUGGUGAGCAGCGGACUUGUUAUGGGCGCGGCAGGCGCGGCUGUGGGCGGCUCCCCCGGUGAGCAGUUGUCGCGCCGCUGCGUGCUGCUACUCAAGACCGCCCUCAAGCCUGAUGUCUGGCCGCACCUCUGCGAACCUAAACUCGCCUGGCUUGAUAAGGUGUUCGCAACAGCGGAUACGAAUGUAGCAUCGUGUGCGAACGCGUGCACCGCGCUCGAGCUGCUGACGUUCCUACUGGGCGUGCUGCGACGUGAGCAAUGCCUGGCGGCGCUGAAGCCGCUACAGCGCGGGCUGGCCGCCUGCGUCGCCUCCACCAACCCCAAGGUGGUGCGUCUGAUGCACAACUUGCUCGCCAAGCUCACCGCGCUCUUCCCAACCGAGCCGUCAGGCGCCGCGCAGGCUUCCAAGUACGAAGAAUUAGAGAGCUUGUACGCGUGCGUGAGCAAGUACGCGUUCGAGGGUCUCGCGACAUAUGAGAAGUCAGCGGCGGGCGGUGGCGCAGGCGCGCUGCUGGGUCCUCUGAUGAUGCUGAAGGCGUGCUGCGCCUCCAGCCCCGGAUACGUGGACCGCCUGCUGCUGCCACUCAUGCGCGUGCUGCAGCGCAUGCUGCGGGACCACGUCGCACCCAAUCCCGACGCCGCCACAUCUGACCUACUCAUAUUGGCGCUGGACCUCCUCAAAGCUCGCGUCUCAGUAAUGCCCGGGGAAACAAGAAAAACAUUUAUUGGCACUGUUCUUGUUGGACUUAUUGAAAAGACUACGGAUGCUAAGGUGAUGAGAGCCAUCAUCCGCAUGGUGGAGGACUGGGUGAAGUGGCGCGGCGUGGGCGUGUCGGGCGCAGCGCCUUCGCUUCGGGAGAAGUCCAUCCUGCUUGUCAAGCUGAUGCAGUACGUCGAGAAACGGUUCCCCGACGACCUCGAGCUUAAUGGACACUUUCUGGAUCUUAUUAAUUAUGUUUAUAGAGAUGAACAUUUAAAGAUGACGGAACUAUCAAUGAAGUUGGAACCGGCGUUUCUGGCCGGCCUGCGCUGUCCGCAGCCCCAUAUUAGAGCCAAGUUUUUCGAAGUGUUCGACCAGAGCGUACGUCGGCGUGUCUUCGACCGCCUCCUAUAUAUUGUUUGCACGCAAAACUGGGAGCACAUCGGACAGCACUACUGGAUCAAGCAGUGCCUUGAAUUACUUCUUGUUACCUGUGUUUCUAGUACUCAAAUUCGGCUUUCCAAUGCCAAGUAUUUAGUUCCAAAUAUAUCCGCUGUUAUAAAUCUGGCGGAUAGUGAAGACAGAAAAUCUUUUGUUGUGUCCAACACAGUAAAGGAAGAGUCCGCAGAAGGUUUCAGUGAAACUAUAGAGACGGAUAAGGAGGAUGUUCUCGAUAUGGACUUAGAUUCCAAUUCGAAUCAGAAAGAUGAUUUGACGAAGAAUGUGCCAAACAGACAAAAGGCUCUGAACCGUAUGGUGGCGACGCAGUCGGAGUUCUUGGAGAUGGCAGGUCGCGUGCGCACCGAGCAGCUGGUGGCGGCCACCGCACAGCUAUGCCACAUGGACGAUGCGCUGGCACACCACAUCUGGCUCAGGUUCAUGCCCAAGAUAUGGAGUGCGCUUGAUGAACGACAGCUGGAGACUAUAAUGGCUGAAGUGAUACCAUUUUUGAUAUCCGGGGUGCAUGUUAUACAGCGGGACCAGCCACUCAGUGCACUCAAUACAUUUGUAGAGGCUUUGGCGAGGUGUAAUCCUCCUAUAACUAUGAAACCGCCAAUGAUGAAAUAUCUCGGCAAAACGCAUAAUCUAUGGCAUCGUAUGACAUUGAAUCUAGAGCAGAUGGCGAUAGACCAAGCGGCAGGUCGUGCGCAGCGGGAUCAAUUCGAAAUAUAUGAUCACGAAACUGAAAGUAUUACUUCAACGGAAAUUCUAGAUUCAUUAGGCGAGAUGUACGAGCUGUUACAAGAGGAGGAUAUGUGGUCGGGCCUGUGGCAGAAACACGCCAAGUAUCGUGAGACCACAGUCGCUAUAGCUUACGAACAGCAGGGCUUCUUUGAACAGGCGCAGGCGGCGUACGAUGUUGCUAUGGCUAAAUUAAAACAAGAGUACCUAGCCAAUCAGUCUUCAUACAGCAUGCACAAGGAGUGCAGCCUCUGGACCCAGCACUGGAUCAAAUGCGCGAAGGAACUGAACCAAUGGGACUCCCUGCUCGAGCUAGGCGUAACUAGAGGCGCUCGAGAUCCGUUCCUGAUUCUAGAAAGUUCUUGGAGGAAUCCUAAUUGGCCGACGAUGAAGGAAGCACUUGCUGAAGUGGAAUAUGGAUGUCCUAAAGAAUUAGCGUGGCUGGUGAACCUGUACCGCGGCUACCUGUGCAUCUGUUCGGGCGGCGAGCAGCAGCUGGGCGGCGUGGAGCGGCACGCGGAGGCGGCGGCGACGCAGUGUCUGCGCGAGUGGCGCCGUCUGCCGCGUCUUGUCUCGCACGCCCACCUGCCACUGCUGCGUGCUGCACAGCAGCUCAUGGAGCUCAGCGAGGCCGCGCAGAUACACACCGGUCUGCUGCACAGUCGUCCGACGUCAUUGCACGACAUGAAGGCGAUCGUGAAGACGUGGCGCAACCGGCUUCCGGUGGUGGCGGACCCGCUGUCACACUGGGGGGCCAUCUUCACCUGGCGCCAGCACCACUACCAGUUUAUAGCCUCGCACUACGACUCGCAGACUGACCACGCCUCCAACCAUAGCAUGCUCGGCGUACAUGCCAGUGCUCAGGCAAUUAUACACUUUGCAAAAAUAGCGAGGAAGCAUAACCUAUCGGGUGUAUGCCUCGAUUCCUUACACCGUAUCUACACGAUACCCAGUGUCCCGAUAGUGGACUGCUUCCAGAAGAUACGACAGCAAGUCAAGUGUCACAUUCAAAUGUCAUGGACAGAAGGAAGAGAUGAACUGACCGAAGGAUUGGAGAUGAUUGAAUCUACCAACUUCAAGUAUUUCACGAAAGAGAUGACGGCUGAAUUCUAUGCGUUCAAAGGACUACUUUUGGCGCAGCUAGGACGUUCGGAAGAUGCGAACAAAGCGUUCGCGGCGGCGGUACAGCUGCACGAUACGUUAGUGAAGGCCUGGGCCUUGUGGGGGGAUUACUUGGAGCAGAUAUUCAUUAGAGACCCGCGACAGAUCUCAGUGGGGGUGUCAGCUAUGACGUGCUUCUUGCACGCCUGUCGACAUCAGAAUGAGUCUAAAUCGAGAAAGUACUGCGCCAAGGUGCUGUGGAUGCUGAGCUUCGACGAUGAGAAGAACAGUCUGGCGGAGGCGCUGGACAAGUACUCUGUGGGUGUGCCGCCGGUGCAGUGGCUGCCCUGGAUCCCGCAGCUGCUCGCCUGCAUCGUGCAGUACGAUGGCAACGUCAUACUCAACCUGCUCAGCCAUGUGGGGCGGCUGUACCCGCAGGCGGUGUACUUCCCGAUCCGCACGCUGUACCUCACUCUCAAGAUCGAGCAGCGCGAGAGGCACAAGAGUGCUGAGAACAUCGCAUCACAUCUACCACACCAGCCCCCACCCACCGCCGGCACUGCUCAGCCACAGCAAGGAGCCCGCCCGGGCGCUGAGAGCGGAGCCGCUGGCGGGGCGGGCGCGGGCGAGGCGGGCACCAUCAAGGCCACCAUGCCCAUGUGGCGCUGCUCCAAGAUCAUGCAGCUGCAGCGAGAGAUACAUCCCACUGUGCUCUCCUCCCUAGAGGGUAUCGUCGAUCAAAUGGUGUGGUUCCGCGAGAACUGGUACGAGGAGGUGCUGCGUCAGCUGCGCGCGGGACUCGCCAAGUGCCAUGUUGUGGCGUUCCACCACCGCGCCGCCGUCGCCGACGCCACCGUCACCCCCCACACUCUCAACUUUGUCAAGAAGGUCGUCUCCACAUUCGGCAUCAGCAUCGGCAUAACUGCUUCCGAGAGCCUGGCGAGACGAGCGCAGGCCACAGUGCAGGACCCCGUCUUCCAGAAGAUGAAGACUCAGUUCACCGCAGACUUCGACUUCACCCAGCCCAAUGCUAUGAAGUUGCAGAAUUUAAUACAAAAAUUGAGAAAAUGGGUCAAAAUACUUGAAGCCAAAACUAAAGUUUUACCCAAAUCAUUCCUUAUUGAAGAAAAAUGUCGCUUCCUAUCGAACUUUAAUUUAAAAACUGCAGAGAUUGAGUUACCUGGAGAGUUCUUGCUUCCUAAACAUACUCACUACCAUGUGCGCAUCGCAAGGUUCAUGCCACGUGUUGAGAUUGUACAGAAACACAACACAUCUGCUCGACGUCUCUACAUCCGGGGACAUAAUGGCAAGAUAUACCCGUACUUAGUCGUCAAUGACUCCGGAUUAGGUGAUGCUAGACGGGAAGAACGAGUUCUCCAGCUCCUGAGGAUGCUUAACCAUUAUUUAGGGAAGCAGAAGGAAACUUCCAGAAGGUUCCUCCACUUCACAGUGCCCCGUGUUGUGUCGGUGUCGCCGCAGAUGCGACUUGUAGAGGACAAUCCCAGCUCGAUAUCUCUACUUGAUAUUUAUCGUACGGAAUGUACGAACAGGGGUGUGGAGUACGAUGCACCGAUAGCGCGCUACUACGAGCGGCUGGCGGCCGUGCAGGCGCGCGGCUCUCAGGCCUCGCAUCAAGUGCUGCGUGACAUCUUGCGGGAGGUGCAAGCGACCAUGGUGCCAAAGGGCAUGGUGCGUGAAUGGGCGGCGGCGACCUUUGCCGCGCCCACCGACUACUGGACAUUCCGCAAGAUGCUGACGCUGCAGCUCUCGCUGGCGGCCUUCGCGGAGUACGUGCUGCAUCUCACGCGUCUCAGCCCAGACAUGAUGUACGUGCAUCAGGACUCGGGCCUCCUCAAUGUGGCCUACUUCAAGUUCGAUGUUGAUGAUACUACAGGAGAGCUGGACGGCAACCGGCCGGUACCGUUCCGGUUGACGCCGAACAUCUCGGAGCUGUUGACAAACAUCGGCAUCACAGGCCCGCUCACAGCCUCCGCCAUUGCUGUUGCACGCUGCCUAGUCACACCAAAUUUUAAGAUUCAAUCGAUACUGCGAACGAUACUACGAGAUGAAAUGGUUACUGGAUAUAGGAAGCGAUUGGAGGACAAGCCGGGAUUAACAGCGGGAACUUCUAAUGAUACGAAACCAGUGGAAAUGGACAACGAAACUAUAGUCAAUAUGGUGAAUAAAGCGGUUACUGUUAUUAUGAACAGAUUGAACUCGUUGGCGCUAUUCGAUGGACCAGACAGUAAGGUGGCAACCCUCGUUACUGCAGCCAACAGUCAUGACAACCUUUGCCGUAUGGAUCCCGCAUGGCAUCCAUGGUUAUAAACUUUGAUAUUAUUUAUUUAAACCUACCUGGUUUGAAUGAUGGUUAUCUAUUGGUAAACUUCUGCUGUUAAACCAAACUAAAAAUUAAUUCGCUUAAUUCAAACAAAUUUACGUAAAAAGAUCUGCAAUAUGUCUAAAUGUUGAUGGUAACAAAAAUUG